GGUCGGCCUAUGGAGUCCACCCGAGCCUCAGCCUCAUAAACCAAACCGAAACAGCUUCGGACUUGGAGACCCCCGCUUUUACUUCCUCCCUCCUUCCCUCUAUUUUUUCCAGCAUUCCCAUUUCUGGAAACCGAUCGGAGCUCUUCGCUUUCUCCUGCUCGACGGCGAUAGUUCCCGGUAAUUGACAAAAAGGGAUGGCGUUGGUGUCGGGAGGAAGUUCUACGCUGAACCCUAAUGCCCCUGUCUUUAUUCCUGCUGCUUUUCGUGUGGUGGAAGAUUUCUCACCUGAAUGGUGGGAAAUGAUGCAGACUUCAAUGUGGUUUCGGGACUACUGGAUGAGCCAACAUCAAGAGCAAGAGACUUUUGAUGGCAAUGCUGAUGAUGAUGACAUUGUGAAUUUAUUGCCAGAUACAUUUGAUCUUGGAGUUGAUGAAGAGUUCCCCAACCUGGAAGUUCAGUUGGAAGAAUUAAUCUUGUCUUCUGAAGCUAAAGAAGAAACUGAAUCAGCCCUUAUUGUGCAGAAUAAAGAAAGUAAAUAUCAUUAUGGUAUGGAAAUGGAUGCUGCCACAAUGAUGAUGAACUUGAAUUCAUCUACGACUCCAAAGGCUCUCAGUCUCAAGUCUCCGAUAGGGCCUGCGAGGUAUCCUGAGAAGCCAGCAAAAUACAUGAGCCCUAACCAUGCCUCUCGACGCAUUCAGCAGCCUCGCUGAAACAGCUUCAAGGUCUCUUCGGUUGCUUCAUGCAGCGAGCUGCAGUAACCAUGGUAGUUUCAGUCAGAUGUUUUUAUGUACAUGUAUAGUGUAGUUGCCCGCCUUGUAUCUCUAGCAGUUCAUGAUCAUGUGUAGUUGUGUAUUUUGAAAUUUCAUCUGAUGAACCCUGUGAAGGAAACUUGGAAGAAAUAUAUGUUUGUUAGCAUUAA